CGGAUCCGAAUAUCGAAAUAUGGCUUAUGAGCAUUGAGUUGACACUUACAGUUACACUUUUAGUUAACUUUUGGUUAAGUGCAGCUCCAUUAAUUAAUUUAUUGAUUGUGUUUAAAUAUUAGUAUUGUCUUUGUUUUCCUGUUAAUUCACUGAAGACUUGUCAACUUUAUCCGAAUCACUACUGUAUUCAUUGUUCAUAAACAUUGUUGAUUCCAAAUUGUAAAUCACAAUGGCUGUUGAAGUACCAGUAGUGGACCAGAAGGAAAUAGCUUUGGAAAGCACUCCAACCAUUUUUACUCCACCACUUUAUUUACAACGUUAUGAUGCAGUGGUAAAAGCAAUUGCGAAUCACUCAACACCUAUCAAAUCUGUUGCUGAUCUGGGCUGUGCAGAAGGUAAUCUUCUGAGGUUUGUCAAAACAAUAAAACAUGUUGAGAAAAUAAUCGCCGUUGACAGGGACAGAUUUGUGCUGGAAUAUGCUAAUCGGAGGAUUGAACCAGUUGCCUGUGAUUAUGUUCUUGGUCGAGAGUUCCAGCUAGAUAUACUUAUUUACGAAGGUGAUAUUUGCAAACCUGAUCCUCGAUUAAUUGGUUUAGAUGCUAUAACUUGUGUUGAAGUGAUUGAACACAUGGAAGAGAGUAAAGUUGAUGAACUAGCCAAUUGUAUUUUCGGUAUCUAUAAGCCAAAAUUGGUGGCUAUAACAACACCAAAUUUUGAGUUCAAUGUGGUUUUUGGUAACAAGGAACUGACUUUUCGUCACUAUGAUCACAAAUUUGAAUGGACGCGAUCUCAGUUUGCCGAAUGGUGCGAAAAAGUGGUAAAAUCUUAUCCAGAUUUUGUUUAUGAAAUUACAGGUGUUGGUUUACCCACAGAAGACUUUCCAAAUGUCGGAUUCGCAUCUCAAAUUGCAUUUUUUCGUUUAAUUUCAACUAAUGGUCCAAGAUUUGAGACAAAUGUUCAAGAAAAUUACAAACAACUAUGGAAAUACAAAAUCGAACAGAAGGAACAACAAGUAUUUGAGUUUGUUGAUUGGUAAUUGGUCAAUCUUGUGGAUCUAAUCAUGCUUAAAAUCAAGGAAUUCAAUGUGACUGAAAUCUCUGUGAUAUUAAUUUGAAAAACUGCCAUAAAUAAGUUUUGACAAAUAACAACAGAUGGUGCUAUUUUAAAUGACUCUAAAUAUCUGACAAGGUAUCUGAUCCUGGACUCACUUUGAUAGUACAAUGAUUGAACGUUAGAAAAUUGAAUUGAAUUCAUUUUCAUCUUUUGUUCUUUAAUUUUUAUUAUUAUUAUGAUUAAAAUUAAAUUAGUUUGUUAUUUUUA